AUUCUGUUUGGAGACCAAAACAAUGAAUAAAACUUUUUAAAUGUGCAUGUAUAUCGUAUCGUAUACCUCUUCCUUUUUCCAUCACAAAACCCCACCACUAACACCACAUCAUAAACUAUUGUAUUUGUGUGUACAAUUGCAAUGCAAUGUCAUAUUAAACUGUGAUUCUAGCUGACUCUCCUUCUCUUUACCACUUAGAAACACAUAACACAGACAUGUGCUUCUUAAACUAUCAGUGAGUGUUGAAGAACGGACGUGGAACAUGUUGGUGACACCAGUGACUAUCAUCAUCAUCCACAACGAAAUAUGAGACGAUUUUUCUGUUGAUAUUCGCGAAAUCAAAUAUAAUAAUUCGAUCCAAAAACAUGUGUGUGCAAAAUCGUGAGAAAUAAGUGCAACAGUGGUCUCCAAGACAAGUGCAAAAAGAGUGUGAUUUCGUGUCAAAAAAUUUAUGAUGAUUCAUCGUCAAGGCGCCUACUUGAGUUAAAUUAUUCAAAAAAUUAAUAAUAAUAAGAAAGUACCUUUUAUGGAUUUUACUAAAACUGUGUGUAGGGAAAAAUAAUUUUCUUGUUUUAAAAAGUUUUUUAAGUGAGUGGUUUAAAAAACGGCUUCAGGCUGUUUGCUGUACGAAGUUGGUUUUUACCGGAGCGUAAAGCUCCGGAACCACCGACACCACGUAAUAUACGUAUGCCCGAAUCGUUUUUACGUUCUAUUAAACGGCGGUCGUUACGUGUGAAACGAGCUAAAUCACUUGUACUUCCGGAGAAACGGAAAUCCGAUUCAUUCGUAAAUAGUCAAGAAUGGACAUUAUCACGGAGUGUUCCGGAUCUUCGGUUGGGUAUUGUCGGUUCAUUAUCAUCCGGCAAAUCGGCGCUGGUACACCGUUAUUUGACCGGAUCAUAUAUGCAAGAAGAAUCACCUGAGGGUGGUCGAUUUAAAAAGGAAAUUGUUGUUGAUAAUCAAAGUUAUUUGUUGUUGAUACGAGAUGAAGGGGGUCCACCUGAAUUACAAUUUACCGCAUGGGUGGAUGCUGUUAUAUUUGUAUUCAGUCUUGAAAACGAAUCUAGCUUUAACGCCAUUUACAAUUAUUAUACAAAAAUGUCACAUUUUCGUAACUCUGCUGAAAUACCAUUGAUAUUAGUUGGAACACAAGAUGCUAUUAGUGAAAAUAAUCCACGUGUUAUUGAUGAUGCUCGAGCUAGAAAAUUGGCAACAGAUUUAAAACGGUGCUCAUAUUACGAAACUUGUGCUACAUAUGGUCUCAAUGUUGAACGAGUCUUUCAAGAUGCAUGUCAAAAAAUUGUACAACAACGACUAUCAUCAUCAGCAGUAUGUUUAACCCCAACAAAUUCUCGACCAUCAACACCAAAUAAUCAUUUUGGUAUCGGACAACCACAAAUUGGUGCAUCUGCCACAAUUGGUGCACCACAACGACAUCCGCACUUACCAAAUGUUGGUAAUGGUGGUGGUGUAACACAAGUGGGUGUAGUUGCACCAUCGCCAACAAAUGGCUUCGGAUCAUCGUCUACAGGGUCACCCGCAUCAAAUACGCAUAGUAGUGCAUCGCCUAGUCAUAAUGCUCACACACUUUCACAUAAGGAAGUCUUAAACAUGUCGUUAUCAGGACGACAAGUCCACACAUUAUCAGCAUCCAGUCAUCAUUUACAUCGACAUCCUGAUAAACACGAUCCACAACCACGACUGGACGACAAAUGGAGUUCAAGUUCAUCAACUUUAGGUGGUAGUACUGGUCAUAUGACAAACACGUCAUCGUCACAAGCAUUUGUAAUACAAACAAUACCCACAGAAAAUAACAAUGUCACCAAAUAUGCAGCACCACAAGGCAGUUACGAUAACAGUCUUCAACCGCCACAAUCACAGUCACAACAGAAAGAUGGGAAAGAUUUACCAACACCAAGUAGUACACCAACAACAUCGCGAAAGAGUCGACGAAGAUCGAAUUUAUUUACACCAUCGAAGAAAGGAGAUGAUAAAUUAAAGAAUGGUGAAUUAGGUAGUGGCCGUGCAAUACCUUUAAAACAAGGAUACUUAUAUAAACGUAGCAGCAAAACUUUGAAUAAGGAAUGGAAGAAAAAGUAUGUGACUUUAUGUGACGAUGGCCGAUUAACUUAUCAUCCAAGUUUACAUGAUUACAUGGACGAUAUACAUGGAAAAGAGAUCUCAUUACAGUAUGUAACAGUGAAAGUACCAGGACAGAAACCACGUGGUUCCAAGUCAAUUAUAACUGUAGCUAACUCAAAUGGUUCUUGUAUAAAUGAAAGCUUGGGAGGUUUAUCACUAUCAUCUUUCGAUUCAUUAAAAGAUUCAAAUUCGAAAUUUUUACAACCAAGUGUAAGCGGGGAUGAAGGUAUGGUUGUUUCAAAUAGUAAUUCUUUCUUAAAUGGUGAAACCAAAAUGGAAACACCGAAUGUUAAGAAACGACAUCGUCGCAUGAAAAGUAGUGGUGUUAAAAAUUCUGAAUAUGAUGAUUCUGACGUUUUUGAAUUUUAUAUUGUGUCAUUGGAUAGUAAACAAUGGCAUUUUGAAGCGGCCAGCUGUGAUGAACGUGACGAUUGGGUAUCUGCAAUUGAACAACAAAUAUUAAAUUCAUUGCAGGGUAAUGAAUCGUCAAAAAAUAAACGAACAAAUAAUCCAUUAGAGGCAACAUCGAUACAAGCAAUACGUGCUCGUGUACCAGGCAAUGGAUUUUGUGUGGAUUGUGACGCGUCUAAUCCUGAUUGGGCUAGUCUAAAUUUGGGUGUGUUAAUGUGUAUUGAAUGUUCUGGUGUACAUCGAAAUUUAGGAUCACAUAUUUCAAAAGUACGAUCGUUAGGACUUGAUGAAUGGCCACCUGGACAUUUAAGUGUAAUGCUUGCAAUUGGAAAUAAAUUAGGGAAUUCAAUAUGGGAAUCAAAUACAAAUGGACGAAUAAAACCAACACCAAAUUCAAGUAGAGAAGAGAAAGAACAAUGGAUUCGACAUAAAUACGAAUCAAAAGAGUUCCUAGCUGCACCAGCAUCUUCAAGCGUACCAUUAGGACAACAACUUGUGGAUGCUGUCUGUAGAUCUGACAUGAAAGCGAUUGUUACGAUAUUAGCGCAUGCAACGCCCGACCAAGUGAAUACCGUUGUUAGUACAAGAGAUUUAAGGACACCGUUACAUUUAGCAUGCGCUAUGGGUAAUUUAGCUGUAGCACAAUUAUUAAUAUGGCAUAAUGGAAAUGCGAAAGCAGUGGAUCAUGAAGGUCGAACAUGUUUAAUGUAUGCAUUAGCUGCUGCCAAAGCGCACACAGCCGCUGCAGGAGGUAAUGGUGUUAGUUCUGAAUUAGCAACAGCAACUGCACGUGGCUUAAUUGAAUUAUUAUUAGCAAAUGGUUGUCCUGAUAUUGCAGCAAUAUCAGCCAGCGGUGGUACAUUACCCAGACGGCGGGGUAGUGUUGGUCGACGUGAACCAGGAUUAACAUCUUAUGAAAAACUCCCAUCUAGCGUAAUAUAAGAGUAAACCAAAACCAACUCAAGUGUGUAAAAAUUAAUCUCCGUUGUAAUUUUUUAUCCAAUUUAGAAAAAUAAUUUAAUUUAAAAAAAAAUCGAUAUUUUUGUGAUAUUAGCAAAUGAUUUUUUUUUCUCACGUUUUUUUCUUGUUUGUUAACUUAAAAAUUAGACAUACCCAGGUGCGCAUUUAGAUUACAAGAUCCGGUACUUAGCUAAUCUACGGUCAGAGUGCUAGGUUUCUCAAAGUAUGUCAUCAUCCUUUUUCAGACGGCUUUCAACGUAAAUUAGUGUUGAGGCACAUAGCUUAAGGCUCUCUCAACAGCCACCACGCUUGCUGGAAAAGAAACAAGCGUUAGUAAAAAGAACAUCAUUUUAUUAUUCGCGUAGAUGUUUUCUUUCUUUCUACACGUUAGGCCAAAAGUCUCUACACUUUAUUGUUUUCAAUUACGUAAUGGGUUAUGGAUUUAAUAUAAUCGGCCCCGAUUCUCAACGUUUUUCCAUAAUCUUCUUCUUAUCGGAUGUUCUCCCUUAAAACUGUGUAACGACCUGGUGAUCGUGAGAUCCAUGGUUACCAUCUCGCAUAUAUUACUUUGGUUACGCUAACAUCCAAUUACCCUCAGAAAGUGGAGUUGAAGAAGUCAACAGUUGUUGCUCGUGCAACAUUUACAGGUUAUCGAUGUAGCACUCACUUUUUUAUAAUGUCAUAAAGUCCAAACGUUCGUUAAUUCCAAAUUUUUUGUCGAUACUUUUGGCAUGCUUGCAUCUUUCUUCUAGAUAAAUAUCUGAAAAUAAAAGAAAAUUGAAGGGACUUAAUCAAGCGAUUUUGCUUUAUUUGGGUGUGAAUACUCUGGAAUAUGGGUAGCCAUAGCAAUUCUCUGGACGGAUACUACGAGGUAUUCGACGAAUCUGCUUGCGCCAAGAUUAAAUAAAAUGAUACUAAUGACCUUCUCCGUGAAUCCGCUUCUGGGUACAUCUAUUUAUUUUCUCGAAAUAUAUUCUUUAAAAAAACAUAUUUUAUUAAAAUAAUAAAUUAAAAUACUAUUUUUCGCUAAUUCUAGAAUACAGGAUAAAAUUAUGUAAUUAAGUGAUAGAAUCAGAAUGAAUUUUAAUUGUGAGUGCCAAUUAGAGCAAAAAUAAAAUGGAUCUCUUUAAACAUCCUGUAUU